AUGGGGCAUAUGUACCAUAUCAUGUUGAAGGCAAAUGAUGCAAUGAAAAAACAAUUCCAUAAUAGGGGAUCUGAAUAUGGCCCAAUUUUGCAAAUUGUUGAAAAAAUAUGGGACAAACAAAUGGGUCAAAAGCUUCAUCUAGUAGGUUAUUAUCUUAAUCCAGCCUUUCAAUAUGAUAUAAAUUCAAAAGUUAAAACCCCAACCGUUAUGUCAGCUAUUCUUGACGUCAUUGAGAGGCUCAUAGGAAAUGAAAUUGUGCAAAUACAGAUCAACAAAGAGCUCUCUCUUUUUGAAUCUUGUCUUAGUGAUUUUGGGAGGGAUAUGGCUUUGAGAGCGGUUAAGAGAAUGGCUCCAGGUGAAUGGGGGAUGAGGUUUGGUUGUGGUACCCCAAUUCUUGCAAGAGUUGUUGUACGGAUUCUUAGCCAGACUUGUAGUUCAUCUGGUUGUGAACGUAACUGGAGUGUUUUUGAGCGCAUUCACACAAAGAGAAGGAAUAGGAGACAAAUUCAAAAGUUUGACCCAAUUGAAGAUUGCCAUAUUGAUAUUCUAGAAGAUUGGGCGAUAGAUGAGGAUAAGAAUCCUCCAUUACUUGACAAUACUAAAAAUGAUGAUAUGUUUUAUGGUGAUGGUACAAUAAAUCCAAUAUUGGAACCUCAAGCAAACAAGCGAUUUAGGGAUGAAGAUGACUAUAAUUUUUUCAAUGAGAUGUUCGAGGAAAAUCCAGAACAUGAUCAUCUAGAUGCAGAUGAAGAUGAAACACAACCUGGAGAUGAUGAUGAUGCACCUCCUGGUUUUAGUUGGCUCUGUCGAUGA